AGCCCCCCGCGAGCCGGGAGCCGCGAGCCUGGCCGCCGACGUCCGCGCUGAGUCGAGAGCUUGCCGUCGCGGUUAAGCAUACCCCCGUCGACUCCGUCAAGCAUCCGCAGGUGACGGAUCUUUUCGCCGGUAGAGCCCCCCGCCCCCCACACCACAGCCGCCAUGGACGCCAUCAAGAAGAAGAUGCAGGCGAUGAAGAUGGAGAAGGACGCGGCCAUGGACAAGGCCGACACCUGCGAGGGGCAGGCCAAGGACGCCAACUCCCGUGCCGACAAGGUCCUUGAGGACGUCCGCGACCUCUCCAAGAAGCUGGUCCAGGUCGAACAGGACCUCAACACCACCAAGAGCAACCUCGAACAGGCCAACAAGGACCUCGAGGAGAAGGAGAAGGCCCUCACCAACGCCGAGAGCGAGGUAGCCUCCCUCAACAGGAAGGUCCAGAUGAUUGAGGAGGACUUGGAGCGCUCCGAGGAGAGGUCCGGCACCGCCACCACCAAGCUGGCCGAGGCUUCCCAGGCCGCCGACGAGGCCAACCGCAUGUGCAAGGUUCUGGAGAACCGCAGCCAGCAGGACGAGGAGCGCAUGGACCAGCUCACCAACCAGCUCAAGGAAGCCAGGCUGCUGGCUGAGGACGCCGACGGCAAGUCCGACGAGGUUUCCCGCAAGCUGGCCUUCGUUGAAGACGAGCUGGAAGUCGCUGAGGACCGUGUCAAGUCCGGUGACGCCAAGAUCAUGGAGCUCGAGGAGGAGUUGAAGGUCGUGGGCAACAGCUUGAAGUCCCUGGAGGUCUCGGAGGAGAAGGCCAACCAGCGAGUGGAGGAGUACAAGCGCCAGAUCAAGACCCUCACCGUCAGGCUGAAGGAGGCUGAGGCCCGCGCCGAGUUCGCCGAGAAGACGGUCAAGAAGUUGCAGAAGGAGGUCGACCGGCUGGAGGACGAGCUCGGCAUCAACAAGGACAGGUACAAGUCCCUGGCCGACGAGAUGGACUCCACCUUCGCCGAGUUGGCCGGCUACUAAACGGACGACGUGCCGGCUAACAGUCGCCGGUGACCAAGCUUUCACCAUCAGGCUCGCCACCACCAUCUCACCAUCACCACCACCACCACAAUCACCAACACCAAGCACAAUAAAGAAAAGAGUCUCUCGCAUUAUUGUUCUGAGCGUGUUUUUGUAUCUGAGCCGGCCUGAUCUUGCUUCCUGUGGUGGCACAUGGCUUUGGAGGCCUUUCCAGUACUCCACAAUGUGAAUAUAACUCAAAUAUAACGACGCUUCGACGAGGAUGAGAAAGUCAACAACCCUGUUAGGAUAAGAAAUGGAUGGUUCUCUACACAGUUUUAUUAUUUUUUCCCCUUUCAAUCGGCUUUCAGUUUCGUACGGGAUCACACUCACACACACGCACGCAUGGAAGGGGCACUUACACCAAUUUCUUCAACCAUUAUGUUGAUUUGUAUUAUUAUGUUUAUAAAUAAACGUUAUAUUUAUUUCUCAAUAA